CUAUCACUUUCAAAAGCGCAACGAAAUAUCUAUUCCCAUAGAUAAGAGGGUCACCUCUAUCACUCUUUCUAAAUUCUAAAGAAGGAUGGCUCCUUGUUCAGGCCUUCUGAUAAAUGGGCCCUAUCACCCUGCCAUUAAACCUUCAAAAACCAGGAACUUCAAUCCCAGAAAAUCACAGAGAAAUGCAUUGAGGAGUAUGAGUUGUAACCUCUCUCAAGAGCUGGACUGUGAUCUUUAUGAGCUACUCGGAAUCGACAGCACUUCUGAUCAGUCACAGAUAAAGAAUGCAUAUCGAUCACUGCAAAAGAGAUGCCAUCCUGAUAUCGCAGGGCCUGCUGGCCAUGACAUGGCCAUAAUUCUUAACCAGGCUUACUCUGUUCUCUCUGAUCCUUGUUCUAGGUUGGCUUAUGACAAGGAACAGGGUAAAAUGGCAGAGGUAAAGGGUUACACAGGGAAGCCGAUCUACUCGACCUGGUUCGGUUCAGCGAACGAGCAGAGGGCGGUGUUUGUCGACGAAGUGAAGUGUGUGGGGUGCUUGAAAUGCGCACUCGCUGCUCGUAACACGUUCGCCAUUGAAGCUGUGUAUGGGAGAGCCAGGGUGGUGUCUCAGUGGGCUGAUCCAGAGGAUACCAUUGAAGCUGCGAUUCAAGCUUGCCCAGUCGAUUGCAUAUCGGUAGUGGAGAGGUCAAAAUUAGCGGCUUUGGAAUUUUUGAUGUCGAAGCAGCCAAGGGGCAAUGUUCGGAUGAACAACGACAACACAGUCGGAGCUCGGGUUGCAAAUGUUUUUGUGGAUGCUGAAAGAUUGCAGAAAAAAUUUAAUGAGAAGAUGCAAAAAUCAACUGAAAAAUCUCACCAUGCGGGGCCAGAGGAAUCAGAUCUACAGAGGGCAGCAACAAGAUCAGCCAUGCAAACCAUCAGAUCAAUUUCACAGUGGUGGACCAAACAAUCCCCUACUCCCACAAAAUCCGACACCAAAAACCCUGAAAAAAUCAGUGUAGCCAAAAGAAUCCGGCACCCUCAAACCAAAAAACUCGAAGAAGCAGCAAAAAGGCGGCUCCAGAACCCCUUACCCCCUCGCCAAAUUCCCGCCAAUUCGAGCCAAAGCGAGUACUGGGUUCCAAAACCCGCUCUCACCCCAACCACCAAAAACAAAGAGGAAAUAAAGACCUCUUGGAACCAAACAAACCAGUCGAAAGGAUCGAGCAAAGAAAAACUACCCACAAAUGUGUACAAAGAUCGAAGGAUUUCGGUGCCUCUCGAGAUUCCAGUCACACUUGGUUUGGUUGCUGCCAUGACUGUUGGUUUGAGAGAUGAAGGCAGCCAUGGUGGGCUUGAUGAGCAUAUUGCUGGCUCUGCUGCUCUACACAUAGUGAAUAGCUACUGGUUAAGGGUUAUUUUGGCUGGAUUUACUUGGUAUUUCCUGGGGCUUGCAGUUAUAAUGACAACUAUCCUUUUGAUUGGAAGCUGGAAUGAUCAUUUAACAGGAGGGAAAGAAUAGGAAAUGGAAGGAUGAAAGCUUCGCUGAAGUUUGCUGGUUUCACAAGAGAAAUAUAAACAAGUAGAUGUAAAUUCUUCUGAAAGGAUUACAUAUGUUAGAGAAAUAUAAACAAGUAGAUAUAAAUUCUUCUGAAAGGAUUAUAUCUGUGUAUAAAUUAUUGAUUAGGAAUUGGAAAAUGUUAAUUUCCUGAAA